AAUGGCUCAAUCAACAAACUGUCGAGUAUCAGCAAGCCUUUCAGCAAGUUGUGGAAAAAACUAUUAGUAAUGCCCAAAACUUAGUUUCACAUCGUCAAUUAUUAGCCACUUUAAGCUCUGGAAAAUCUGAAUCAAAAAACCUGGAAUAA